AGUAGGGAAGCAUAUGAAGCUAGCAAGGAAGCAUAUGAAGCUAGGAGGGAAGCUCACAACGACUAUAUGAUAGCAGGCCUGAAAGAACUUCGAGCCAAACUCGAGCGCUAUGCGGCCCGCCGUCGCGCGACCCGCAACCAGCCAAAGUCGACGUCGAGUGAUUCAUCAGCCUCCAUUGAAGAUACUCCUGCUAUUGUGGAGUUUGCUCCUGCCGCCGUGGAAAUCAGCUCAAUCGGCGCAGCUCCUCAACUGGCUUCCACCACUGAUGUCCCAAGCAUCCUCACAACCAUCAUCGAGGGUCAACCGCUACGGACGUCGAUAGCAGCAGCGACAGUUCCGAUCACCAAACCAUCAACUCCACUCGGCGCGGCCGAUAUUGAAGUAACAGCUGCUGCGAAGGCAUCACCCUUCACCGAUCCGGCCGCUGCGGCUAUUCUUCCAGCACAGCACAACAAAGAAGAUGACCGAAUGGCACAAUUCCAAUCGAGGGCUGUUGAGAAGGUUCAGACUACCCCUAGAACGAAUCCAAUUCCAAUCAAGGGCUGGAAAUUCAAGAAGAGGAAGAAAAGGAAACAGAGGCGGAAGCUGCUGGAGGGUAACACGCCGUCGGAGAAGAAGAAGGGAUUGAAGAAGUGCGGUGCCAGCGCUGACCGUCGAGAAGAAACCGAGGCGAAGCUGGAGGCGCGGGCUGAUGGCGAGUCACGACGGUCGCGGGCCGAGGCCGACGCAGGCGGCGUGUUCGCGGCGAUGGCGCGCCAGGAGGGAGCGUCGCGGGCUGAGGCGCUGGUGACGGCCGCGCGUCUUUGUCUGGACACGGCGGAGCUUCAACUCGCGCGCGGGACGCGGCGAUGGGAGUCCGUUUCCUUUGCGACGUCAGGCGGAGGAGACCCAAGGCGGAGGGCGGAGGAGAGCGGGUCUCCCGAUCGGCUGCUGGGGUGUACGCGGGAGUCAGAGGAAACGGGGAAGAAGGUGGCGGCGGCGGCCGAUGAGGAGGAGACGCCAGCAACUCCUUGGGCGUCCCACCGGGUUGAGCUGCCGGUGAACGAAGUGAAGAAGGAGAUCGGCGCCGGGAAGCUGCUACUCGCGUCGCUGGGAAAGGAGGCGACGGAGAAGGAGGGGCCGACGAGUGAGACGAAGAGGGAGGUCGGCGGUGGAGGCAUUCUUCGUGCAAACCCUAAGUCCACCUCCAUUCGCACAGCACAGCUGGGUCGAGCCCAAUUCAGCAAAGAAGGUUGGGUCGGGUUUUGUCAUGGGCCGAGUGCAGCGCUCCGGGUGGGCCGAGAGAAGAAUCUGAGUGGGCUUGCCUUGGGCCUCACUGAUCAACAAAGUGGACUGCAACUUGGAGUCAAGUGGGCUAAGGCUGAGAGUGAUCAUGGGCCUAACCCUAAGUCUGACGGGAUAAUUCUCUGGUCAAACAAUAAAACAAGUGGUGGGCCGGAUCGGGUGGAAAAGUGGGGCAGCCCAGGGCUGUGGCAAGGCCCGAACGUAGAAGAGGCAGUGGGCUUCACAAUUAGUUGUCUUGAUGAGUUAGUACUCAGAGAUGGAUUCUUGAACAAGAAUGAACCGUCGGGUUCCUUGAGUUAUGGGAUUGGGAGGCCAACAAAAGCGGAGAUGAUGAAGUUCGAAUUUAUCAAUGAAGCGGGUACAACGAAGCAGAUGGUUUUCCAGAUUCCUGCAAUGGAAGACAUGAAUUUUCUGAGAAUCCACAACCGUUGCUACCAGCCUCGAAUCCAUAUCGACCAACUUACCCAUCAUCGUCACUUCUCUGCAGUAAUCCAGUUCCCCUCGACGCAAAGAUCGAGCCUUGUCAGUUCUUCUACCAUUUCGUCACUCUCUCUGUCUAAACCCACCUUCAGGUUUUCGAGAAUCCCGAGAAUCAAUGCAUCGGUUGUGGACGGGAAAGGGGCAGAGCGCCAAGAAGAAGGGUUUUCCAAUCAUGGGACGGAGAUGGAUUACUUGGCACCUGAUGGGGAUGUCUACCUCAAUACGCUGAGACUGGUGGAAUGCUCCAUGUUUGCUGCUGUCACUGGCCUCGUCUACUUUCUGAGCAAUUCCCUCUCAAUUGAGAAUUACUUUGGAUGCUUCUUUUCGUUGCCAAUUGUAAUAUCUUCACUUAGAUGGGGUGUCACAGCAGGCAGAAAAACCAUGGUAGCAACUGCUAUGCUCUUGUUUGUACUGUCUGGUCCUGUUAAGGCAUUAACCUAUCUGGUGAGUUAGCAUCUUCAACACUCCUAAAUCAUACAUAUGCCUUAUUUUUUGGAGUAUGCAUAUCAAGCAAGUUAUUUCACCGAAUAUCAACUGAUUCAGUUCGAGCUGUUAUUGGAUAGAAUGAGACAAAGUAGUAAAAAGGAUUGCUCUAUUGUUAUGUGUCUAUGAUUCAGUGGCUGCUGUUUAUCAUGGGGUCAUUGAAUUGCUGAACAAGAGGGCACGAUUGUUUUGGACAAUUCAAUGACGUGUUUGAUCAGUUGAUGUGUUGGUACAAUUAAUGUAGGCAGCUCCUAACACUUCAUUCGAACAAGCUUGCUACUGUUCAGCAGAAAGCAUGAAGGAGAAGUUUGUUGUAUCAGAUUGUUACAGUAACUCUGGAUUUUAGUUGUUGCCAUCUUUCAGGUUACAAGCAAACUGGACAGUUUCAAUAUUCGUGUGCACUAUAGCUCGGGCAACUGGCGCCAUGGGGUAUGUCUUUACGUCCUCGUUCUUAAUACGAGAAAACAUACUUGCUCUGAUUACAGUAAACAUCCACGCAUCUCUGAGUUAUGUGUUUGCUGCCACUGGCAUUAAUACCAUUCCAUCGAUGAACUUCAUAUACACACUGUUUGGAAUUCUUGUGUUGAUAAACAGCGGAUUCUUUGUGUUCCUACUGCACCUCUUGUAUUCCGUGUUUCUAACUCGCCUUGGAAUGAGGACUUUGUUGAGAUUGCCGAGAUGGCUUGACAAGGCCCUGUGAGUAAUUGGCCUCUGCAGUUUGUUAUCAGCCUCACAUAUUACAACCAUGAAUUGGCAUGUAAGACUGCAAAAGUAUGAUGUAGCUGCAAUUAUCUCGCACUGUAGGUAGAUAGUUCUCCUUUUUCCCCUUUAAAGAGGCACAUCACAAGUACCUAGUUCAUUGUUGUAGAAGAAACUCAUGGAAGGAAGCAAUCUACCUCCCUUUGUAAAAUCUGCUGAUAUCAUAUGUUGAUAACUCUUGUAAAUGCCUCAUCUUUCACAUAAUCAGUUGUGUUCUCUUACAUGCACCCCCUCUGUUUUGAGUUACUUCCACUAGCCGAUUGCAA